AUGACGGCUCUGGUCAUUCCCUUUGUCACGGUCGACGUCUUCACCGAAGAGAGGUUCCGCGGCAACCAGCUCGCCAUCGUAACGCUUCCAGAUGCCGAGUUCAUCACCAAAUCCCGCAAACAGGAGAUAGCCCGGGAGUUCAACUUCUCCGAGACUGUCUUCCUCCACCGCCGACCCGCCGAUUCCUCAUGGGCCGUCGACAUCUUCACGCCCGAAGCCGAGAUGGCUUUCGCGGGCCAUCCAAUCAUCGGCACGGGCCACUACCUCUUUUCCCUGCCCAAAGAUGACUCUCCAACCCACCACAACCCCCCCGAACAAAACAAAUUGGUGCUCCACACCCUCUCCGGCCCCGUCUCCCUCGUCCACGACCCCGCCGCCCAGCUCGUCCACGCCUCCAUCCCGCACAACGUCCACCAGCACACCCAAACCCCGACCACCUGGGACCAGCUCCUCCCGACGCAGCCGCAUCUCCGCUCGCUGGUCGCCCGCGUCCCGCAAUGGUCCCCAUUUCCCGCUGUCUCCAUCGUCAAGGGCGUCACGUACGUCUUGUGCGACCUGACGCAGAACGACGACGUCUUCGCGGCCGUGAAGGCCGGGCCGAGUCCGGAGGUUGCUCUGGAUGACGGAUGGGGCCCCAGCUUCGUUGGCGUCAUGUACUACAGGAUCCUGGAAGAGGCGGAUGAUGUGAUCAAGCUCCGCGUCCGCAUGAUUGCUAUCAACCUGGAGGAUCCGGCUUGUGGCAGCGGGUCGAGUGCGCUUUGCUCUUACUUGGCUUUGCAGAGAGGUGCGGGCCGGGGUAAUGCGAGGUUGAAGUUCGAUUUGGAGGAGGGGACGGAGAUUGGGAGGCAGAGUUUCAUCAGGGUUGAGGUUGUGUUGAGCGAGGGGGGAGACUCGGUUAUAGAGGUUUGGCUGGCGGGGAAGGCGGCGUUUGUCACCAAGGGCGAGUUUUUUGGGGUGUAG